GGCCAAAACAAAAAAUGCUUUGAUCUGUGCUUGCUCCUUCCUUCCCUUCUCUCUUCUCAUAACUGAGACUCUGUGUAAGUUGUAAUCGCAUUGAUAUAUGAUGGAGAAACACAGAUGCAAGCUCUGCCUUCGAAGCUUCUCGAAUGGCAGAGCUUUGGGAGGUCACAUGAAGGCUCACUUGGCCGGUCUUCCUCUUCCCCCAAAGACUCCCCAACGCCAACAACAAAAUCAACAAGAAUCCCAUGAAGAAGAAGAAGGACUUGAAAAGUCUUACGGGUUGAGAGAGAAUCCCAAGAAGAGUUUGAGGUUUGCAGAUCCUGAGUUGUCAAGUGGUUGUGGGUCCGUCAUUCAGGACAGAGAGAGCGACACCGACUCCAAAACCAAAAACCCAACUCGACCGCGAUCCAAGCGUAAGCGUACAACUCGGACAAAGCCGGCCACUUCAACUUCUCCCUGCACUACUCCCACGGUGAGUUCUUCAGUGUCUGAUACUUGGCCCGAAGAGGAUGUUGCCAUUUCUCUCAUGAUGCUUUCCAGGGAUGCUUGGAUGGCAGACAAUAAUAUUAUUCAUGACCACAAAUCAGCUAUAUCUAUGUCUACAUCUAUUAUUAUAAACAAGAAGAAGAAGAAGCAGAAGAAGAAGAAGAAGAAUGGUGUGAUUAGAAGGGCGAAGAAUCGGUGCGACAAGUGCAGCAAAGUGUUUCGAUCUUACCAAGCAAUGUGUGGGCAUUACAAGAUUUGUUGUUAUAGGAAAUCAGAAGAUUGUGAUGGUGAGAAGAUAUUUGAAUGCCCGUAUUGUGACAAAGUGUUUGGGUCAGGACAGGCUUUGGGUGGUCACAAGAGAUCUCACCAGAUCACCUCAACAACCAAUUCCAAUUCAGUAGUCGAAGCAGUCAAGCAGCAGCAGCAACAGCAUUUGGGUUUCAUAGAUCUCAACUUACCAGCUCCCUUCGAUGAUCAAGACGAUUUUAGCGUUCUCUCUGAUGCUUGAUUGAAUUCGUCGUCAUCUUUAUUAAACAUUCUAAAUGUUCCUUUUCCGAUUUACCAAAAACUGUUUAUUGUUUACAGUGGAAAAA